CUCCUCCCAAUCAAAGAAGUAAGAGGUACAAAUCGUGUAAACUUAACCGAUGUGAUCAUGGCCAUACGUUGUUCUGAUCCUCAGCAAAGUUUUUUCGCUGAUCUCAUGAAGAUCCUGCUGUCCGCAAGGACAGAUCGAGCCGAUGAGGAGGAUGGUGACGAAGCUGAUUUGACGUCUAAGGACGAAAUCGCGUUGAUUCAGUUGCAAAACUGCGACCCUGAUCACAAGAUUCAUGGCGAGCGAAUUCGUGAAAUGAACUAUCUGCACGAAGAAAUUCGCCUCACUCAUGGCCAAUCAAUUCGACAUAUUCCUACCGAUUGGAUGACAUUAACAGAGUCAAUACGACUGGUGCUGCUCACUUCCGGCUACUAUACUGGUCAAAGUACUCAUCGACAUCGGCUUUUUUCCAGAGGGAAUUAUAAAGGUUUUAAGGGAACCGUCUUCGAUCUUACCCCAGAGGAACGUUUGGAAAUAAUGAAAGUCGUUAUUUAUCAAUUGCUAAGCUACAACAAGGUGAUCAAUGACUACUUAUUGUGUUGGCUUCACAAGUCAUUUGCUCGGUUUUCGGAGUGUGAUACUUCUAGUUUCGUAGUCGUCAAGAUGAUCGCUUGUUCGACCAAUGGACAGUUCUCUUUAUUAUUCAUGGUGAGUCAUCCUGAUCCUGCAAAAAUGCCCAGCGGAGUUGACUGGAUUGUUGAAAUGCGUGAAUUACUUCUUGAUCUUGAAGAAAAAGUAUGUUGCCUAGACUUUUUACCCAUCACGAAUUCAAAUUUGUGUUUUGUAACCUGGCGUCAGCUUUUGUUGGAGACUGGUGACGUUUCAUCCCUGAUGAAUCAAGAUGUUGUAGUAAAGGGACCACAAGGACAGGCUGAUGUUAUGUUGACAGUGGCUUUUCUACAAUUGGUGCAAUGCAUAAGUUUGAAGUUUUUCCAGAAACCAUUCAAUGGACGAAAUAUCGUCAUGGCGACACCGGUGUUUUUACGAUGGCAGAAGGCCUUAUUACGGUGUGACUCAAUACCAGCAAUAUGUUUGUUCCUUUCGACUUUAGAACCGGCGAUUAUGUGGGAUAAGAGUCGACUUCAAGCUCGAUGCCGCGCAUGUCGCCGCAAGGCUAUUGCGGAGUCGCUGGUUCUGUGUGCAGACUGUGAUCGAUGCUACCACUUUGAAUGUGCCAGACUUGAACUAGGGCUUCCGCCUCUAGAUUGGUGCUGCACGGAUUGUAAGGCGAAUAGACGAAAAAUUGCGGCAGCCGAAAAAAGAAGAGCGCAAAAAGGUGAGACAAAAAGGUGUUUUUCAAUGUCAUUAGAAGAAUGCACUGUUUUUUUGAGGUUUUUUUUUAUGAUGAUUUUAGAUAUGGACGAGUAUAUGGGGUCCCCACAACGAACAUUUGCACCGAUUUUGCGGGAUGCUGAUCUAACAUCACGAGCCAGGAUAGAAGCGUUAGAGAAACUGAUAAGAGAAGCCAUGCGGGAGCCUUAUGCAUGGCCGUUCCUUGAACCGGUGGACAAGAGAGAUGUUCCUGAUUACUAUGAUGUUAUUACUCGACCAAUGGAUCUUCGAACGAUGAUCAACAAAAUUAAACAGCAUGUUUAUGAUACACCAGAAGAGGUGCGAUCGGAUGCAUAUCUAAUUGUUGCAAACUGUAAGGAGUACAACGAAGAGGGCAGUGAGAUAUAUAAUGUUGGUGUUUUUUUUCGUUCUGUUCUGUAUCAGGAAAGUUAG